AUGCGCUUCCACACAGUCUUGGCGGCACUUGGUGCUUGCCUUUUCGAGCCUUCAUUCGCUCAACAGUAUGCCGGCGAUAGCAUUAACUCCUCGUUGCCCUCGGUACCGGGCUCAGAGAUUGCAUACUUUCGCAUCAAAGACCCUUCGGGCGCCAACAAUAAUCUGACACUUAUCAAUUACUAUUCUCAUGGAAAGUCGGGCAAGCGUCUGGUGGAGAGCAAUGUUCAGCGAGCAGUGGUCAUUGUCCAUGGCCUCAACAGAGACCCCGGCACUUACAUGUCCAACAUGCUGUCGGCACUGUCGCAAGUGACAACUGAUUCCAACAUUAAUACCGAUUCAGUGGCCAUCAUGGCACCGUACUUUCCGAACGGAGACGACAAGAAUUAUGGCUAUCCCUGGACAGACGGCCUCAAGUCCGGACGCGGAUCAACCACAAACGCACUCGUCUGGUCAGGAUCACAAUGGUCGGCAGGAGGCAACAACCAGUAUCCGUAUACCUCCAAGAACACGAGCUCAUAUGCGGUGCUGGAUCAGGUCAUUCAAUACUUUGACAACACCACUCUGUUCCCCAACAUGAAGCAGAUUGUCAUUGCCGGCCAUUCCAUGGGUGGACAGACUGUACAACGCUACGCCGCCAUUGGUGCUCAGCUGAACACCAAGUCGCCCGUAUCAUACUGGGUGGCCAAUCCCAACAGCUAUGUAUGGUUGAGCACCGAUCGGCCAUUCUCCACGGCAUCUUGCGCAGCGUACGAUGUCUAUCGAGAGGGCUUUACCAACUUUUCCACCUAUCCCAUGACUUAUGCUACAAGUCUUGUCGCUCAGGGGCGAUCUGCCAUUCUGGCAAACUUCAACAGCAAGGCCGUCAACUAUGCCCGCGGAACUAAAGAUCUCGGCGAUGAUUCUUCGGGCUGCGCUCCUGGCACUACUGGUUCUAAUCGUAACGAGCGAUUCUUCAACUUUAUCAAGGCUUUCCCACCGUCCUGCCCGAACCCGACCGGCGGUAACUGUGACACUGUCGACUUUAUCAACUCGGGUCACGAUGGCGGUGCCAUGAUGGCCUCAUCUGCCGGUCUUGCUCGUCUGUUCAUUGACAACUUUUACGGCAAUGGCAACAGAUCCUAUGACUUUGGUUACCCUCGCCAGCAGGAUGGUGAUGAUCCUUACCCCAACCCGAGUCUCAAUGGUACUUCAUCUAGCGUCAACAACAAUACCUAUGCUGGAAACAUGACUUACUGGGGUUGCUGGUCCGAUCAGACUCCAUUGACCCUGACCAACAUGACUUAUCAGAGCGACGCCAACACGAUUGAGCUUUGCACCUCGACUUGCGCAGCUGGUGGUAACACGAUUGCAGGACUCGAGUACGGAAGUCAGUGCUUUUGCGGUACAUCGCUUGGAUACCUGUCGCAACAAGUCAUUGAGAGCUCGUGCUCCACUGCCUGUCCCGGCAACUCUAGCGAAAUCUGCGGUGGCGGCAAUCGUCUGUCGCUCUAUUCCAACGGAAGUCCAGCUCAGCAGUCUGCCCCCGGCACCCCCGAGAGCAUUGGUGACUUUUACUACGUUUCUUGCUACACUGAGGCUACCAGCGGCCACGCUCUCUCUAGCAAGUCCACGUCGACUAGCUCCAUGACUCUCGAGUACUGCGCCAGCUACUGCAAGGGGUACCAGUACUUUGGCACCGAGUACGGCUCCGAGUGCUACUGUGGCAACAGCUUCGCCGCUGGAGCCAACCGAACCAGCGACAGCGAAUGUAGCAUGCUCUGCGCCAAUGAUACAAGCGAGUAUUGCGGAGCAGGCUAUCGCCUCACCGUCUACCAGAACACAACCUGGGUGGCCUCGAGCACCACGGCCGAUAUCUCUUGCCCGACGUCCAACAAUACGGUCGUGACGUCCAAUGGCAAGAACUUUACUAUUGAGUGUGGUGUUGAUCACUCGGGCGGUGAUCUCACCUCAACUACUGUCUCGUCCUUCCAGGGCUGCAUUGAUGCUUGCGCAUCGAACAGCCAGUGUGUCGACGUCAGCUUAUCGGGGACAUCCUGCUAUCUCAAGUCGACUCUCGGCGCCGCAGUAUCAAAUUCAGGUAUUUGGGGAGCAAAACUAUCGUCGGGUUCGUCAACCUCCACCAGCUCAUCGACAACCACGUCAAAGUCUUCCACUAGCUCAGCAGCAUCCACCGUCACCACGACAGGUACGUCGAGCCUGAGCUCGGUGGCGACCACGACAACUUCGUCGGCUGCGGCAACUAGCACGGCUCCCACCUGUCCGGGGUCCAACAGCACCGUAUACACGUCCAAUGGUCUUUCGUUCCUGAUUGAGUGCGGCAUAGACCAUGCUGGAGGUGAUCUGACUUCCCUCAGUGUCAGCUCAUUUGCUGCUUGCAUCGAUGCUUGUGCCCAGAACUCUCAGUGUGUUGAUGUCAGUCUGUCUGGAUCGGCCUGCUAUCUCAAGUCCACCCUUGGCGCUUCCGUAUCAAAUGGUGUAUGGGGCGCAAAGCUGAUUACUUCGUCCUCGACCACAAGCUCGGCGUCGGGAAGCUCGACCACGGCCACGACUACGGCUACGAGUUCGAGUGCGACCACGAGUCUGAGCUCAACAGUUAGCACCACGUCCUCUACCACCGUGACCAGCACAUCGACAACUACAUCGGCCACGGCAUCAACCACCAGUAUCGUCUGCCCAGCCUCCAACAGUACAACGUAUGUCACUGGAGGUCUGUCCUUUGUGAUUGAGUGCGGUAUCGACCAUGCCGGUGGCGACUUCAAGAGCGUUAGCACUAGCAACUUGCAGCAGUGUAUCGAUGCCUGCGCAGCUGAAAGUCAGUGCGUCGUUGUGUCCUUCCAGGGCUCGGCCUGUUACAUGAAGUCUAGCGUUCAGGCGCCCGUCUAUAAUGCUGUCCAGGGAGCUAGACUGGUCACUUCGACAUCGUCAUCCAGUUCCGUGUCUUCGUCCUCGUUGAGUUCCACGUCAACAUCCUCUUCAAGCUCGAUCACUUCAUCCACAUUGUCGACCGUUACGUCGAUCAGUUCUACUUCCUCGACAUCCAGCACAUCACCCACAUCAACCGCAACCACCUUGACGACCUUGAGCACCAUUAGCACCACGUCGACUACCACCUCGAGCUCAGUGAUCUCGUCUACCACCACUUCUUCCAGCGCAGCUGCUACUACCACGUCGGCUCUCUCUGCUGGUUUCUCUGCCUUGGGCUGCUACGUGGACUCGGGUAACCCCAGACUUCUCACCUAUCAGGCCACCUCUGGCAGCACCAACACGCCCCAGUCCUGCGCCACGGCCUGCCAGUCUGCGGGCUACAAGUACUCGGGCACAGAAUAUGCCUCGGAAUGUUGGUGCGGCAACACCAAGCCCGACAACUCAACCCUGGCGACAAGCAGCAGCGAGUGCAACAUGGCCUGCUCGGGCGACGCUACCCAGACGUGCGGCGCCGGCAACCGCCUGUCCGUCGUCGACGACACAACCUGGACGUCGUCCUUUGGCGUGCGCGCGAGCUACGGCACCUGGACCCUCAUGGACUGCUACGUCGACACGUCGAGCCGCAUCCUGCCCAACGGCGUCAGCCUGUCGGCCUCGGGCGGUUCCAGCAAUGCCACCAUUGCCCACUGCCUGGACGCCUGCGCCGCGAGCGGCUACCCGUACUGUGGCGAGGAGUACUACUCCGAGUGCUACGGCGGCCAGCUCUCCUCUUCGGCCGCGGUGGCGUCUGGUGCUGAUCCCUUGUCGGCCGGCUGUGACUAUCCUUGCAAUGGCAACAAGACGGAGGCUUGUGGUGGAAGUAAUAGAAUUUUGGUAUACAAGAACACUGCCUUGGUUUAG